GGACACCUUUCCUUCCCCUCCUUUCAUCACAAACCUUACCCUUGCUAACGCAAGAGUCUCCAGCCAUCCGCCCCAUUCCAACCCUUGUCAGGGACUAUUAUUAAAGAACCAUCUCCUUCCCCAAUCAGUCAUGAAGCUCACCUCCAUUCUCUCGCUCGCCGUCGCCCUAUGCGUCGUCUCUUCCGAUGCUGCCGCUGCCCCAAAACACCCCGCAAAGUCCGAUCCCUGCAGCGAUCUUGCUGCCCAGGCCCUUAAUGCAACAUCAUCGCUCUCGUUCAAGGCCGUCAAGGGUUGCUACGAAGCCCAGGCAUUCAACCGCGACGUUGCUGUCAAGACCCUCGCUUCCCUCGAGAGUCUGCUUGGGAACUUUUACGCCUUCACGGACAUCGCCAGGUCCCACACUGGCUCCCCUUUCCAGUCUCCCCGAGUCGACCUUCUGGCUGGACUGAAGAAGAUCGGUGCCAAGAAGUGGAAGACUGAUUACGACUUCCAAAUGGCCAUUUACUACUUGCUAGCCUCCGUUAAUGAUGGUCAUCUGGCCUACCUGAGUAACUGCUACCGCACCGCCAGGUUUACUCAACCCAUCGCGCUCUAUGCACCUGUGGUGAACGGCAAGCAAUCUGUGCGUAUCUUCAGCGCCGAUGCCACCCAGCCUGGUGUUCCUCAGUCGGCCAUUGUCGACUGCGAGGUCAAGACCAUCGAUGGUGUCCCCGCCCUGAAGGCUGUCCAAGACUUUGUCGAUCGCACCUCUGGUAUCGCCAAGGACCCCAGCAUUCGUUUGACCGACGCCCUGGCCAGUGUUUUCUGGUCUAAAGAUUGGAGCGUUUCCGCUGGUGCCUUCUCGAAACGCUGGAUCGUUCCUGAGAAGGAGACCAUGGAAUACACUCUUCAGUGCGGCUCAUCCCACACGCAGAAGAUCAAGGUGCCAUGGACCAUUAACCCAAUCACAAGCACCAUCAAGUUCAACUCGUUCAAUGACACAAAGUCCUACUGGGCCUCCCAGUGCUUGGCUGCGCCCAAGAACAAUGACCAGUCGAGUAACCGUCAUCCUGAUCAUAAAUCGAAUCUGGCACCUGCUACGAUUCUGUUCCAGGAACGUGGAUCCACCAAGGUGCCAACGCCCCGCCGAGACGGUCUUACCGACUCCGGAUUUAUUACUAAGGCUACCCAGGUCUUUGCCUCCGCCACCAGUGCGUUUUACACCAUCAACAAGUCCGAUACUUGUGUCCUUGUGAUCGCCACCGAAUCAGUCCCUAACAAGGCUGAGUACACUCAGUUCCUCAAGGGAGUCGAGAUCUUGCGCGACGCUGGAUGCAAGAAGCUGGUAUUUGAUUUCACCAACAAUGGAGGCGGCAGCAUCGAUUUUGCCUACUUUAUCAAUGCCCUCUUCUUCCCUGAAGCCAAGCCCUACUUCUCACAGGAUCUCCGAUCUGGUGCCUAUGUCCAGGGUGUUGCUAAGCUGGCCAUCAAGGAAGCUAGUGUUGGGAACUCUCUUUUUGAUGCCCGUGGAUGGGUUAGCUCAAAGACUGGUGAGCUCUUCACCGAUGCCUCCAUGUUUACCAAGGGCGUCAAGUACAACCGUGGUGGCAGGACUGAUACCUACACUCAGCGAAAUUUCUUUGGGACUGGUUGGACUCUUCUGCCCUUGCCCCAGAAUCGCACUUUGUCCUGGAAGGCUGAAGACAUGGCCAUCAUCACCAACGGUUUCUGUGGAUCUGCUUGCACCAUGGUUGCGACCCGCUUCAACAUUGUCCACAAGGUCAAGACCUAUGUGAUCGGCGGUAUUCACAAGCGUCCCAUGGGCUAUUUCUCUUUCCCCGGUGGAUUUGUCUACCAGAACGACGACAUUGUUGAGGAUAUUCAAAGUCUAAAUUACACCGCCAAAGGCGGCCCCUCUUACCUGCCCUCGAACUCGAUUGCCAGCAUUGCCAUGGGCGAGCUCUACGCCUCGGACGCCAGCACCGUUCCCCUCGAGUACGACUACAAGUAUUUCAGUGCCCAAGUCCAUCUGGACCAGGACCCAGUCCUUGCGAGACAUCCCGAUAACGUCUGGGUCAAGAUCGCUGGUGACUUCAAGCACUAAAUGACUUAGAUCGCCAGGUUGAUACGAAAUAAAAUAGGUAUCGCUUUGCUGCAUGGAGCAUAAUAGUUUCUUUCUUGCUAAACGUAACAGAAAUGAUUUUCAGGUUUAUAUAUUGCCUAGUUGCUCUCCUGGUGUCUCGUGUCUAUGGACAGGAAUAAUAAACCACUUUUGUCUUUUGAUGCAGGCUCAUGAACCCGCGAAGUGAAGUUGUUGGUGAAAGCAAUUGAUCAUCUAGACAUCCUUAUAUCCGACAAAAAAAAACAAAAAAAAACAAAAAAAAAAGUCAUAC